UGAUAAUCAAAAACCCUAAUUUUUAUCUCUUUCUCAUCGUGUUUCAGAGCAAACGUGAACUAUACCCAGAGAAAGAUGGAGACCGGUGGCUCAAAGAAGAGAACAAACGGCACUGAAUCACCUUCUGUUCUUGUUCCCAAAAGGCAGAGAGUAGUUUUGGAAGAAUUUCCAGAUCUCAAUGUUCCUGAUUAUCAUCCUAACCUCAACAAAUCAGCAUCAACAUCAACCCUUUCUUUACUUCCGAAUUCCAAUUUGGAUAACUCAGUUUGCAACAAAACCAAUGCAAAGCGUGAAAGUAUGCAGAUUGUCGAGCCUUACGUAUCUGAUGUCUCCGUUUAUCUUCGCAUGAUGGAGGUGCAGGAAAAACGAAGACCAGCGGUUGACUACAUGGAUAAUGUUCAGAGAUUCAUUACUACAAACAUGAGGGCAACAUUGGUGGAUUGGUUAGUUGAGGUUGCGGAUGAAUACAAACUUCUCCCUGAAACUCUUCAUCUAGCUGUUUCCUACAUUGACAGAUUCCUAUCUAUCCAUUCUCUCGAUAGAUCCAAGCUUCAGUUGCUUGGUGUCUCUGCCAUGCUCAUUGCUUCAAAGUAUGAAGAAAUCACUCCACCAAAAGCAGUGGAUUUCUGCCAAAUUACUGAUAACACCUACGAACUGCAUGAGGUUUUAGAAAUGGAAUCUCACAUACUCAAGUCCCUAAAUUUUGAAAUGGGAAACCCUAAUGUCACCACUUUCUUAAAGCAGUUUGUCACAAUUGCAUCUGAGAAUCAAAAGACUUCCAAUUUGCAGUUUGAAUAUUUGUGCAACUAUCUUGCUGAUUUAAGCCUGCUUGACUAUGAGUGUCUACAAUUCUUGCCUUCUGUUGUGGCUGCCUCUGUUAUAUUUCUUGCCAAAUUUAUUAUCCGGCCUAGAGUACAUCCUUGGACUUUGUCCCUUUAUGAAUCAUUGGGUUAUGGAUCUGAUGAUUUGGAAGAUUGUGUUACCAUUCUACAUGAUUUGUAUUUGUCAAGAAGGGCAGCAUCCUUGAAAGCUGUUCGCGACAAAUACAAGCAGAACAAGUUCAAACGUGUAGCAAACUUGCCUUCCAUGCCAGAGCUGCGUGAACAUUACUUUGAAGAAGUUCAUGGCUCACAACUAUAAAGGACUUUUUAAGGCAUCCUAAUAUGAAUUGAUUUAGUUUCUUCUGCACAAAUGGUGAUAAUUUCAAAUUUUGGCGUACCUGGCUUUUAGGGGAAUCAUUUUCUUCCACAGAAGCUGCUGAUAAUUUCAAAUGUUACAUAAUUUUUGAUAACCAGUUAAUUACUGAUAAAAACAUAUACUGAAUUUUGUUAAUCAAAGUAUCAAUUACUACCACUAAUGGUCACAUCUACCAGAUUUUGACAAUCCUCGCUGACUCUUUGCUAAUGGCUCAACUUUGUGUUCAAGUUGUCAGAGACAGCCUAUUCUCCUUUGAUCAUGCCUACGAUAAGCUAAUUCAUAUGUUUGGUCACUGGCUGAAUACUUUAUACCAUGAUCUUGCUGACGAUAGGCCUAUUGGUUAUUGUUGGUAAAUAGAAUUAGUGUUUAGUUGUUUAUGAUUUGUUUGGUCAAUAAAAUUACAAAAGUGUAAACAAUAUAAGUGGCAUCUAUAUGAGAUACUACAUGAUUAUUAUUUUGCAAUGAAGAAUACAAGACUUUUCCUCUACA